AUGGACUGUAGUCUGUCUGACUGCCGUCCUACAGGCCCUAAACUGACAGAACAGACCCAGCUGUUGAAGAAGCUGAGACAAGAACAGAACUCAGGGUUCUGUCUCUUCAGAGUUCUGCUCGGAGCUUCGACCUUUCUUCCUCAAAGGACCCUCUUCCUCAUCUUCCACGACGCCUUCAUGUUCUCCUACCACAGGUGCUCAGGUGAGACCCAGAGUGUAUGGGCCCUGUCAAAGCCUCCAGUCCCUGUCAACCAUCAGUACAUGUACUCCUGCUUCACCGUGGGAAUGAGGGUGAAGAACCGCUGUCAUGGGCCUGGUCUACAGGAAGUGAUCAGCAGUGCAGCGCGGCAGUCCUGUACCGUGGGACAGAUUGUUAACCUGGUGUCGGCAGACACUCAGAAGCUCAUGGACAUGGUGGUGUAUUUCAACGCUGUGGCUUCUGGGUCCGUCACCCUAGCCGGCAUCGCCACGGUGAUCCUUAUCUUUCCUCUCAACGGCUUCAUCGCCAAGAUGAGGAGCAAGCUGCAGGAGGUCCAGAUGCAGUACACAGACAGCAGGAUCAAGCUGAUGAAUGAGAUCCUGAGUGGGAUUAAGAUCCUGAAUUCUACUACGCCUGGGAACAGGCCUCCUGGAGAGGGUUCUGGGUUACCGGGAGAAAGAACUCAAUGCCCUGAAGAGAUCCCAGGUCCUCUACUCCAUCUCCAUCGCCCCUUCAACUCUUCAUCCUUCCUGAUAGCGUUUCGCCAUGUUCGGGCGUCUACGUCCUCAUCGACGAUAAGAACAUCCUCGACGCCCGAAGUGUUUCGUUUCCAUGGCUCUCAUCAACAUUUUGAAGACGCCCCUCCAGCUGCCCUUCGCUAUGAGCACCACCAUGCAGUAUUUGUGGUGCAGGCCAUUGUCUCCCUGAGGCGCCUGGGAAAGUUCCUGUGCCGGGAUGAGCUGAAGCCUGACGACUUAGAUAGAGAACCAUACAGCCCUGGGCCUGUGCCUAUGUACCUCAGCAGCGUGGAUCCAGAAUGCCACCCUGAAAGACACAUAGUGUUUGGUCAGGAGAGGAAGGAGAGCUGGUACCACAGAGUGAGUCUGAACCUAUCAGGGGGUCAGAAGCAGAGAGGUCUGAAUCUAUCAGGUGGUCAGAAGCAGAGAGUCAGUCUGGCCAGGGCCGUGUACGGGAAGGCUGACGUCUAUCUCCUAGACGACCCUCUGUCUGCCACUCCGUGUCUUGGUGACCCAUGGUCUGAGCUUCCUGCCCCAGGCGAUCUGAUCCUGGUGAUGGUGGAGGGAGAGAUCACUGAGAGGGGCUCCUACCUGGAGCUGAUGGCACUGGAAGACAUGAUGAGUAGUGCCAGUGUUCAGACCAUGGAGGCCAUCUCAGACCACAGAGGACCAGGACAGGAAGUACUGGGGAAACUGACAGAGGCUGACAAGUCAACACAGGAAAGUGAACUAGAGAUGUGUGUCUAUCAUUGGCCCACAGUGGCAAUACUCUCUGGGAGGAUAAUCGCGUCUCAGCCACCAGAUCCACCUAGACCUCCUCAACAACGUCUGCAUUCCCCCAUGGCCUUAUUCGAGGUACACACCCUCAGGAAACCUGCUGAAGCCGCUUCUUCCAAGGAGUGUUGUUCUCCUGGCUCUCUGAGGAGGAAUCUGGACCCCUUCGAUGCGUACUCUGAUGGGAAAUGUGUGGAGAGCCCUGGUGCUCUCCAUCUCAAGAGCUUUGUGACGGGCCUUGCCAACCCCUGUCCAGUGGAGGACGCCUCUUUCCUCUCUAAGAUGCUCUUCUGGUGGUUUGGAGGGUUGGUUAUUAGGGGUUAUCGUACUCCCCUGCAGGCAGAGGAUCUUUGGUGUCUUAGAGAAGAAGACACUUCAGACUGUAUCAUAGCAGACCUGGAGAAAGACUGGACCAGGGAGUGUACUAAACUACAACAAAUGGACUGUAGUCUGUCUGACUGCCGUCCUACAGGCCCUAAACUGACAGAACAGACCCAGCUGUUGAAGAAGCUGAGACAAGAACAGAACUCAGGGUUCUGUCUCUUCAGAGUUCUGGCUCGGAGCUUCGGACCUUUCUUCCUCAAAGGGACCCUCUUCCUCAUCUUCCACGACGCCUUCAUGUUCUCCAUACCACAGGUGCUCAGCCUCCUCCUGGGGUUCAUGAGUGACCAGGACAGCGACCUGUGGAAGGGCUUCAUGUUCGCCUUCCUGUUGUUCCUCCUGUCCAGCCUCCAGUCCCUGUUCAACCAUCAGUACAUGUACUCCUGCUUCACCGUGGGAAUGAGGGUGAAGACCGCUGUCAUGGGCCUGGUCUACAGGAAGUCUCUAGUGAUCAGCAGUGCAGCGCGGCAGUCCUGUACCGUGGGACAGAUUGUUAACCUGGUGUCGGCAGACACUCAGAAGCUCAUGGACAUGGUGGUGUAUUUCAACGCUGUGUGGGUGGCUCCCAUUGAGAUAGCUCUCUGUCUCUUCUUCCUGUGGCAGCUUCUGGGUCCGUCAGCCCUAGCCGGCAUCGCCACGGUGAUCCUUAUCUUUCCUCUCAACGGCUUCAUCGCCAAGAUGAGGAGCAAGCUGCAGGAGGUCCAGAUGCAGUACACAGACAGCAGGAUCAAGCUGAUGAAUGAGAUCCUGAGUGGGAUUAAGAUCCUGAAGUUCUACGCCUGGGAACAGGCCUUCCUGGAGAGGGUUCUGGGUUACCGGGAGAAAGAACUCAAUGCCCUGAAGAGAUCCCAGGUCCUCUACUCCAUCUCCAUCGCCUCCUUCAACUCUUCAUCCUUCCUGAUAGCGUUCGCCAUGUUCGGCGUCUACGUCCUCAUCGACGAUAAGAACAUCCUCGACGCCCAGAAGGUGUUCGUUUCCAUGGCUCUCAUCAACAUUUUGAAGACGCCCCUCAGCCAGCUGCCCUUCGCUAUGAGCACCACCAUGCAGGCCAUUGUCUCCCUGAGGCGCCUGGGAAAGUUCCUGUGCCGGGAUGAGCUGAAGCCUGACGACGUAGAUAGAGAACCAUACAGCCCUGAUGGUGAUGGGGUGGUGAUAGACAGCGGUACGUUUGGCUGGUCUAAGGAAGGUCCUCCCUGCCUGAUGAGGAUCAACGUGAGGGUGAAGAAGGGGUCUCUGGUAGCUGUGGUGGGACAUGUAGGGAGUGGGAAGUCCUCCCUGCUAUCAGCCAUGCUUGGGGAGACAGAGAAGAGGAGUGGUCAUAUCUCAGUCAAGGGCUCUGUGGCCUAUGUACCUCAGCAGGCGUGGAUCCAGAAUGCCACCCUGAAAGACAACAUAGUGUUUGGUCAGGAGAGGAAGGAGAGCUGGUACCACAGAGUGGUGGAGGCCUGCGCCCUGCUGCCAGACCUGGAGAUCCUGCCUGCUGGAGACGGCAGUGAGAUCGGGGAGAAGGGUCUGAAUCUAUCAGGUGGUCAGAAGCAGAGAGUCAGUCUGGCCAGGGCCGUGUACAGGAAGGCUGACGUCUAUCUCCUAGACGACCCUCUGUCUGCCGUCGACGCCCACGUGGGUCAACACAUCUUUGAGAGGGUGUUUGGUCCUAAAGGACUGCUCAAAGACCAGACUCGUGUCUUGGUGACCCAUGGUCUGAGCUUCCUGCCCCAGGCAGAUCUGAUCCUGGUGAUGGUGGAGGGAGAGAUCACUGAGAGGGGCUCCUACCUGGAGCUGAUGGCACGUGACGGGGCCUUCGCUGAGUUCAUCAGACUCUUCGCCGGGAACGAGCGCAAGGAGCGUUCACACAGAGGAACCAGGAAGUCGGUAUCUCGUCUGAGUAUGACAGACUUCUCCAUAGAUCUGUCUCAGGAGCAGCUCAUUAGUGGAGACAUGAUGAGUAGUGCCAGUGUUCAGACCAUGGAGGCCAUCUCAGACACAGAGGACCAGGAACAGGAAGUACUGGGGAAACUGACAGAGGCUGACAAGGUCAACACAGGAAGAGUGAAACUAGAGAUGUAUGUGGAGUACUUCCGGACCAUCGGUCUGGCUCUGAUCAUCCCCAUAGUCUUCCUGUAUGCAUUCCAGCAGGCCGCCUCACUCGCCUACAACUAUUGGCUUAGCGUCUGGGCCGACGAUCCAAUCAUCAACGGCACCCAGAUCGACACAGACCUGAAACUGGGCGUGUUCGGAGCCCUGGGGUUCGCUCAAGGUGUGUCUAUCUUUGGCACCACAGUGGCCAUCUCUCUGGGAGGGAUAAUCGCUUCUCGCCACCUCCACCUAGACCUCCUCAACAACGUCCUGCAUUCCCCCAUGGCCUUCUUCGAGGUCACACCCUCAGGAAACCUGCUGAACCGCUUCUCCAAGGAGGUGGAUGCCAUUGACUGUAUGAUCCCUGAUGGUCUGAAGAUGAUGCUGGGAUACCUGUUCAAACUGCUAGAGGUCUGCAUCAUCGUUCUGGUGGCCAUGCCCUUUGCUGGGGUUAUUCUGCUGCCGCUCACACUGCUCUACGCAUUCAUACAGAGGUUUUACGUGGCUACAUCGUGCCAGCUCCGUCGGCUAGAGGCAGUCAGUCGUUCUCCCAUCUACACCCACUUCAAUGAGACGGUCCAGGGGGCCAGUGUGAUCAGGGCCUUCUCAGAGCAGGAACGCUUCAUCCUGCAGGCUAACGGACGCAUUGACCACAACCAGACAGCGUACUUCCCACGCUUCGUAGCCACCAGGUGGCUGGCGGUGAACCUAGAGUUCCUGGGGAAUCUGUUGGUGCUGGCAGCAGCCACCUUGGCUGUGAUGGGCAGAGACACACUGAGCCCUGGUAUAGUAGGACUGGCUGUGUCACACUCACUACAGGUGACAGGUAUUCUGAGCUGGAUUGUGAGGUCCUGGACUGAUGUAGAGAACAACAUUGUGUCUGUGGAGAGAGUUAAGGAGUACGCCGACACACCAAAGGAGGCUCCAUGGACCAUAGAAGACAGCAUGCUCCCCCUGGCCUGGCCCACCCACGGUACCAUAGAACUAGAGGAAUACGGACUGCAGUACCGUAAAGGACUGGACUGGGCCCUGAAAGGAAUUUCCCUCAGCAUUCAGGAGAAAGAGAAGGUUGGGAUAGUGGGCAGGACUGGAGCAGGGAAGUCGUCCCUGGCAUUGGGAAUAUUCCGGAUUCUGGAAGCAGCGAAGGGAGAGAUCUAUAUAGACGGGAUAAACAUCACUCAGAUCGGACUGCACGAGCUACGCUCCAGGAUCACCAUCAUACCACAGGAUCCAGUGUUGUUCUCUGGCUCUCUGAGGAUGAAUCUGGACCCCUUCGAUGGCUACUCUGAUGAGGAGGUGUGGAGAGCCCUGGAGCUCUCCCAUCUCAAGAGCUUUGUGACGGGCCUGCCGGACAAACUCAACCACGAGUGUUCAGAGGGGGGAGAGAACCUCAGUCUGGGUCAGCGCCAGCUGGUGUGUCUGGCCCGAGCCCUCCUGAGGAAGACGAAGAUCCUGGUUCUGGAUGAGGCCACGGCUGCUGUGGACCUGGAGACAGACAACCUGAUCCAGUCCACCAUCAGAACCCAGUUUGAUGACUGCACUGUCCUGACCAUUGCACACAGACUCAAUACUAUCAUGGACUACACCAGGGUGAUAGUGAUGGACCGAGGUCUGAUCACAGAGAUGGACUCUCCCUCCAACCUCAUCUCAGAGAGAGGUCAGUUCUACCUGAUGUGUAGGGAGGCUGGCCUGGUCUGA